CAACUUCAGCACAAUGCGGUCUCACAUGGUGGCAGCAGCAUGGCGACGAUACUACCACUGCCUGCUGCUCCUACUACUACACACACAAGCGUUCCUCGUUCCAACCAACGCGCUACCGGCAUCCACCAAUACGCUUGCGGCACAAAGUGUUGGUGGCGGCGGCGUCGGAGGCAUGAGCUCCAAUAGUAAUAGCAACAACAACAACAACAACAACAGUGGUAGCAAUGGAGCAGGUGGCAAUAGUAAUGUAAAUAGUAAUAGUAACAACAAUAACAUUGCCACUGGGAUACCCAAUGCAGGCAUAAAUAGCGGCACAAACGCUGCAAACAAUGUCAACGUCAGUGGGAGUGGCAGCAGCAGUUCUGCCAACAGCGCCAGCAGCAGCAGCAGCAGCAGCAGUGGUAGUGAUAUUGAUUUGCUCAAUAUAGGUGGCACAAAUGCGGGAGGCAUUGGCGGUGUGGCCGGCAGUAGCGCUAACAGCAGCAACAUUAUGGUAUUGCCAAGAGAGAAGUUGUACGAGAAGUGCACAGGGCCCGGCGAUCCAGGGCCUUGCAAGCAAUAUAUUUAUAAAUGGCGCUAUGAGCCGCUCUCCAACGAAUGCACCACCUUCAUUUGGGGUGGCUGUGAAGGUAAUCCGCAGAAUCGUUUCAACACAGAGGCCGAGUGUCUGUAUCAUUGCAUUGGUGGACCGCAUACGCUGCCACCUUUUUUGCGCUCGACUACCAGUGAGCCCAGCACGACUGAAUCAGCAAUACAGUUGCCCGCAAACACUGCAGGGCCGUUUUAUGGCGCUGAUAGCUCUGAUUCCAACCCUGUGCCAUUCGAGCAACGAGGCCCUGAGCUGACAUUUGCUGAAACGGGUCAGGAGAAAACAUUCGUCUUUGCCAAGAAUAACACAUUCAUCCAAAUGGACGGUGAUAUUAUACAAACAUUUCAAUUAAGACUUUGUCGUGAGAUCUCAUUUCAAUUUCGAACACGUCUACCGCAUGGUCUGCUCGUCUAUCACAACGUAAAAAAUCCGGAUCGUAUUAAUUUGGAUCCCUACGCAUUGUAUGUGAUUGUGGAGAAGGGUCAACUGAAGGUCGUGCAUGUUUUCGGAAAGCAUUCAACAAGUGUAACCGUAGGCGAAGGACUCAAUCGUGAUGAAUGGCAUAGUGUAAUGGUACGCAUCGAUGUCCAUGGCGCAAGAUUGAUUGCACGCGUUGACAACAGUCAAGAGGAAGUUUACUUGAAGGGCUUGAAUCAUGACACCAACUAUGGAGUGUCAACGAAUCUGCCAUCGGUGGUGCUGGUCGGAGGUCUUUCAUCGGAGGAGAAACUGCAUGGCGUCAAGUAUAUCAUCGAAUCAUUUGUUGGUUGUAUUCGUAAUGUUGUUUUGAGUUCGGGCAAAGCGGCAUCCGAUUUGUUACCCAUUACACCACUGGUAGCCACCAAACAUGAGAACGUCAACGAAGGUUGCGCCGACAAAUGCUAUUCCAGACACAAUUUGUGUUUUGUGGGAUCCCGUUGCAUUAAUCACUACUAUGACAUUUCAUGCGAUUGCUUUGGCAGCUACUAUGAGGGCGAGCAUUGCGAUAUUUACACUGCCACCAUAAUAACACUACGCGGCUCCAGCUAUGUUUCCUAUCGCAUCUAUGACUGGAAGGAUCGCGUACAUUCCUCCAAUACCCGCAUUAGUCUCAUGUUUCGCACACAAUUCGAUGAUUCAGCACUCUUCUAUGCGAGCGGUGAAUCACUCAAGCAUCAGUACAUUGCCGCUUCGAUAAAAAAUCAAUCAAUUCAUGUGGAAAUGGAUUUUGGCGAUAACGUUAUGUCGACAGUGCUCACCGACGAGUUGACGCGCAGUAAUUGGCAUAAUUUAACCAUUCACCAUGAACGACGCACCGUGCGCAUCAUACUUGAUCAGCAAAUGAAAAUAUUGGAAAUACCUGCUACGUCAAGCGGCAAUUUGCUAUUUGAUCCGGAAAUUUAUUUCGGUGGCGGUCCGGAUUUGCACAAAAAGAAGGGCUUACAUUCGCAGAAUAAUUUUGUUGGCAGUCUUAAAUAUGUCUACUAUAAUGAUGUGUCGAUUUUAUAUGAAUUGCAUAAAAGUAAUCCGAAGGUACACUAUCACGGUGUCCUCGAAGCCGAAUUUCAAGAGAACGAAGUCAACGUCAUACCCAUAACGUACCCUUUUGCGACAUCUCACAUUUGGUGGCCCAUAAAUCACGCCGAAGAAUUUAAUAUUAAAUUCGAUUUCCGGAGUAGUCGUACAGCAGCAGUGUUGGCAUACAGUGAUGUGACAACAGCAUCCGGAAAUGGAUAUUGGGAGAUACGCCUCGCUUCGGACAAGCUGAGUUUUGAUCUAGUACCCGAUUUGGGCAGCAAUCUCACACAUUCAACGGCCAUCAAAAUCAAUAGAGCCACCUCCUGGCAUUCCGUCGAACUGGACUACAAAGCGGGCGAAAUCACAUUCACCGUUGACUAUCAUCUGACGCAGAGUCAAAUGUUCGGUUUGACUUUCAAUAUCGGCGAUAAAUUGAUUAUUGGCAGCAGUCUCAAGUCGGCCGCUUCUGGUCUUGUCGGCUGUAUACGCGACAUCGAGAUCAAUGGGCAUUUGAUUGAGCCACGGCAUGUCGUGAAAACGGAACGUGUGGUGGGCGAGGUUGCGCUGGAUAACUGUAAUUAUAUAGAUCCCUGCAAGCGGCCGAACACCUGCGAGCAUGGCGGUAAAUGCUUCGUGAAAGACGAUCGUGUCACAUGCGAUUGCAAACAGACUGGAUAUAUCGGCAAGAAUUGUCACUUCACCAAGUAUCGCAAGACGUGCGAAGAGCUGGCGCUGCUGGGCUACACCAAAUCGGAUGUGUAUCUUAUCGAUAUUGAUGGCAAUGGCGUAUUUCCGCCAGCGCAUGUAAAGUGUGAUUUUCAGAGCUUGGAGAAUGCUACCAAAACGAUUGUGGAACAUAAUUUACCCAGUCAAGUGGAUGUGCGUUCUGCGCGUGACAAUGACUUCAGCUUCAAUAUACGUUACCGUGAAUUUUCACCAGACAUGCUGCAGGAGCUGAUCUCACAUUCUUUGUACUGUACGCAAUAUAUCAAGUACGAUUGCUACAAGGCACAGCUGGAGCUGCACUCGGCCACUUGGUUUACUUCGUCGGCAAAGAAUUUAACCGUAGAUUUUUUGGGCAACGCAAAACGUGGCGCGUGUCCUUGCUCCAUCAACAAAACAUGUGUGGACCCAAAUCAAUCAUGCAACUGUGAUGUGAAAGAAAACAAAUGGUAUUCGGAUGAAGGCUACUACAAUGAACCGCACAGUCUGGGCAUAACGAAUAUGUAUUUUCUACAACAAAAGGAUUUGGAAGAAGAUUCACAGGGACGCAUAACGCUCGGACCAUUGGAGUGUGUCGAAACGAACACACAAAAGUAUGUCGUCACCUUCACUACAUCACAAUCGUACAUCGAAGUGCCGGGCUGGCGCAAAGGUGAUAUUGCCUUCUCCUUCCGCACCACCGGCGAAAAGGCCAUUCUACUCUUCCAACCGCCCAUCCGCCCGAAUCAUCCAUCGUUCAUGGUCGCACUUACCGGCGACUAUCAGUUGACAUUCAACUUUACCCUCAGCACUGGCACUACACGAGAAUUGGUAAUUAACUCGCAUCGCAAGUUGAAUGGCGGCGAAUGGCAUAAAAUUUGGAUUGACUACAAUGAGUAUCACGUACGUUUCAUGAUAAAUACAGACUAUCAAAUGGUUGAUCUCUUGCCCGAGGAGGAAUUCGGACCAUUCGAGGGCAGCAUGUACAUUGGCGGAGCAACGGCGUAAGUAGAGAAUAUCAAAAA